AUGGCGGACAACAACGACUUCCCUCCCUCUUCCCAAAUGGAUGAGACCAAGGACAAUUAUCCUCCUUUCUCUCGUUCUCGUGAUACAGCUGCAACCUCUCAAGACGUUCCCACAGGGAUCAAUGAAACCAAUCCCACUGAAGGUGCCCAGCCAGAGCAUACUACAGAGAGUCAUAACGCCGAUCACUCUGACACAAAUGGCUUGCGUUCCUGCGGUGGUCUGUUCUGUCAAGGACACAGUGAAGAAGAAUUGAGGAACUGGGAUAGCCUAUAUGGAGGUGGACCGCAAGCUUACGCUGACGCCUAUCGUCGAGGUGCCUCCACUUCUAGACCCGAUUCGGGUUCAGGAGAAAGGUCAGAGACUCGAAAUCCAAAUCCGUAUGCCCCAGCUGGUACAUUUUCCAGAGGUCCCUCAUUCCUCACACCUCAGCUGUUUGGGCUGUUGAUGACCCUUUCCAACCAAAUGCAAACAGCCGGUGGGUCCCAGAAUGAUCAACCUUUCUACUUGGUACGCAUUGGGGACACAAGGUCUCGCAGUCAAUUUGACGCAGAGCAAACUGGAGAAAACACCAAUGAAGAGACUGAGAGAGAGGAACAGGAUGAUCAAGCAGAUGAUGAUGACACCAAAGUGUAA